AUGAAUAUGAAAGGGGAUUCUGAUGAUCUAAUGACUGAGAACGGUAAUUUGACACCAAACUGGAAAGAACCGCUGAAGUCGGAUGUUCCAAAAAUGUCUGCGCUUACUGAUUGGGAAGGAUUACAAAAGUAUAUGCACUAUCAAAGAACGCGUAUCUGGAGAUCAUUUCUGGCUAUUUUCUAUAUUAAUUGGAUUAUCAGUACGGUUCAAAACCUGAUGCUAGAUAUCCUCAUGAUGGGACCGCUCCCUCGACACGUAUCAUUUAUCAUGGAUGGAAACAGGAGAUAUGCUAAAUCACUAGGGCAACCAAUCAAGUACGGUCAUGAAUCGGGUGCCCUCACUCUCAUGAAGAUCGUGACGAUGUGUAAAAAGUUGGGCAUCAAAACAGUAUCCGUUUAUGCAUUUUCCAUCGAGAACUUUAACAGACCGCCAGAUGAGGUGAAUACCCUUACAAGUCUGCUUGCAGAAAAGCUAAAUUAUGUCGCAGAGAGAGCAAUAGACGUCAAAAGUAAUCUUUAUGGAUUAAGGUUACGCGUAGUAGGGGAGAGAAGUAUGAUCUCCAAAGAGCUAAAUGAUAAGAUUACGAAUGUAGAACGUAUGACCGAUGAAGGAGAGGAUAUAGUGCUCUAUAUUUGUUUCCCUUACACCUCCAGAAAUGAUAUUUUUCAUGCAAUAUAUGAUAGUGUGGAAAAGUGUAAAUAUCAUGCAUUGCCAGCAAGCAGCUUGGAUGUUAGCAAGAUUUCAAGUGAAAUGUUUUUCGAUAGUUCAUCGGACAAGUGCGAUCUCGUAAUCAGAACCAGUGGACGCACGAGAUUAUCGGAUUUCAUGCUUUGGCAGGUCCAUGAGAAUGGCAUUAUUGAAUUUUCGGAGACUUUGUGGCCUGAUUUUUCGUUUUGGGAGUUUUUUGUCAUUAUUUUAAAAUGGAGUUUUUUCACUUGCUUGCAAACGAAAGAACUUACCGGAUUUUCGCUGAGAAAGAAUGCUUUAGGGUUCGCGAAACAACAUUUAUGGCUUCACAGAUUUGAACCAGUUGUUUUGGAAGAGUUGCCAGAUCCGCCAGAGAUGGUCUCAAUCAUCGACAGAAGCUAA